AUGGCGGCUAAUGAAACUAAAAUGAUAAUAAUUACAUCGAAUGAAGAUGUAAUUCGUCAAUUUUCUUUGAACAAAACACAUAAUAAUACACUUAUUAUUGAUUUGGAUAAUGAAAAACAAAUAAGUUCAAUAAGCAAGAAUAAUAGUAUUAAUUUAUCUGUACUUGCUCAAUUAUCUGAAUUAAAUUCAAGUAGUGAUCACGUAUAUAAACGAGUACUUAAUUCAUCUGAUAAUAAUCGAUCAAAACCAGUUAAAAUACCGCGAAGAUCAACGGAUUUAAUUUGUACAAUUUGUGGUGAUCGUGCUGUUGGAUUUAAUUAUGAUGCUCUUUCCUGUGCUUCAUGUAAAGCUUUUUUUCGUCGAAAUGCUCAUCAACCUCUGGAAAAAUUAUCAUGUUUAACAGGUAAAGGUCAAUGUACAAUAACAUAUACAAUGCGUCGUAAAUGUCCACGAUGUCGAUUAAAUCGAUGUUUUACUAUGGGAAUGAGAAAAGAUUUUAUUCUUAGUGAAGAAGAAAAAGAACGAAGAAAAAAACGUCUUGAAGAAAAUCGAAAAAUCUCAUCAAAUCAUUUAUCAAUAUCAGAAUCGGAAAAUUUCUUAUCUUCAAUAAAUAGUUUAUCGAAUUCCGAAUAUUCUUCACAAACAUUUGAUGAACUUGAUUAUUUAUUAAUGGAUACGGAUAAAUUUGAUGAUAAUAUUCUUAUUAAUGAAAAUAUUGAUUUAAAUCAAAUGAAAGAAUUCUCAUUGGAAAUGUUAACUCUUCAAGAUCAAUUAACAAUUGAACAUGUUCAAAAAUCAUUUAUAUCAUAUUUUCAAAAUGAAAAUUUGUUAUGUUUUCCAAUAGAUGUAAAAGAUCAUGGAGAUGCAAUUAUAUCUUGGUCUCAAUCAGCUAAUCAAAUAGCUUUACGUUUUAUUAGUUUUUUUCGUCAAAUAGAUGAAUUUGAAAGUUUAAAUGAUGAUGAUCGUUUUAUUCUUAUUAAAUAUAAUCUUCUUCCACUUUUUCCAAUAUUUAAAUGUUUUAUAUAUAAACCAAUGAAUUAUAUUUGUUCAAAAGAAGAUAAUGAUAAAUAUCAACAAUGGUUAAUUUCAUCUAAUCAAUCAAAUGAUAUUCGUCAUUCAUUUACUAAAUUAAUACUUUCACUUGUUGAAACAACUGAACAAGAUCCUGUUUUAUUAUCACUUUUAUUGCCAAUAUUGAUUUUUUCUCAUGGUUUAUCAAUGAAUGAAAAUGAACCACCAUUAAAAGAUUCCUUAGCUGUUAAUAGAGCUCAAAAUUAUUAUAUUCAAUUACUUUGGAAAUAUUGGAUUGAUAGAUGUGGUGAAAUCAAAGCUUGGAAACAUUUUUCUCAAUUACUUACAAUUAUUUUUCAAAUUCAAUCAGCAACAAAACAAUUUCGAGAUUUUCUUCAUUAUCAAUAUAUGACAUCAAAUACAAUCGAAAAACUUGCACCACUUAUGCAAACUGUUCUGCAUGUAUCUUAG